AUGGCCACUCGCCAAAUCACCCGGCGCAUCGCCAUCAGCGCCUCCAUCGCCCUCUUCCUAAUUUUCUUCCUCUUCAUCCGGCCCCAUGGCCCGCCGAGUCCCGCCGUCCGAGCCCCAGGACACAUCGAUCACUCCGCCGCGCCGGGGAUCACCAUUCACGACGAUAUGCUGAACGGGGAGGUGGUGAUGCCCAAGCUGGGCAAUGCGACCGCCAAAGCUGAACUUGGUCGUGCGACUUGGAAAUACUUCCACACCGUCAUGGCGCGCUUUCCUGAAAAACCAACUAUAGACCAACAGGAUGCAUUGCGCUCGUAUAUCCACUUGUUUGCGCGGCUUUAUCCUUGCGGCGAAUGCGCCGCGCAUUUCCAGCAGCACCUCGCCAGAUACCCGCCGCAGGUAUCGUCGCGGAACGCCGCGGCUGGCUGGGCGUGCUUUAUCCAUAACGAGAUCAACGCCAUGCUCGAGAAGCCUGAGUUCGACUGCACGACCUUGGGCGAUUUCUAUGAUUGCGGGUGUGGGGAGGAGGGGGAGAAGAAGGAGGCGGGCAGUGCUGCAUCGCAACAGGAGAGUGAUGGCAGUCCCCAGCACGAGGGCCUGGCCGUGGAGAUCUCGCGGGAAGCGUAA